UUCUUCGAUUAUACGCUUAUAAAGUAUCUUGCAACAAGUAGCAAGCGAAUACUUGGAAGAAAAAAAUAAGAAGUGAAUUGACUCAGGCAGGAUGGUUAAAUUAGAUACCCCCGUAGCGUUCAAUGCUUUUGUCAAACCGAGGAAAAUUGAUUCGAACAAUCGAAGGCGGUCAACAGAUAGUCCGGGGUUUCAAUUCAACACGUCCACACCGUCUAUUAAAUCUUCGCUCAGGCAGACCCACCGGGCAGGCACCUCAACUGGGUUCUCGCCUGAAACGCCAGCGGGGCUGGAAAUGACACUGAACGAUGCAUGGGACAUGGCCACGCCCAACAAAACCUCGCCUGUCAAACGCGCACGGCUGUCGUUUGAGACAUGUUUUAGUCCAGAUGUGCGUUUCAAUGAGGAUCACUAUUUCGCCAGACCACUAGAACGGCAUCCCACGAGUUUAGCAGCGUCAUCGCGACAGCCGAAUGGGGCUCAGGCUACUGAAUCUGCUGUGCACAAACACGGUCAAUCACAGGCAAAUACUACCUCGUCACGGAAUCACAAUACUCCACACACAAACACCCCACACGCGAACAGAACACCACACGCACAUAGUAAUACGCCCAAUGAAAACCGCACACCGCACACACGAACAAUGACAAAUAAGACGCCAAGUCACGCUAGACCUCCCACCGGAGUGAGGUCGAAGGCGAGCAGUACAAUCAAUCCGAAUUCGGAGUACGCAAAAGGCAAUUCAGAUGCGAAUGGGAAUCUCAAUGGAUGCCUAGCAACGCUUGAAUGCAAUCUGAAUGUGAAAGGAACUGCUUGUGGUAGUAAUGUGACACUGACCACGUCCCGCAACCCACACAACGGGAAUGUGCACCGGCCCAGAAUUACAACGAAUGUGACGCAGCGACAUAUGUCAUCUACAACCAGGAAGGACAAAGGGCUGUCUCGAAUGCCCUCAUCGCCUGGAUGUACACCCGAAAGACGCGAGUACAACCUGUCUACCGCGGAAAUGCCAAGAUCGCCUGCCAGGGCUAGAAUUCGUCAUCCGGAAAUGGCACUCGAAGAUGAUCAGUCUUAUACUCGAAAAGGGCUAUCGAACAAACCUGUCAAAACCACGAGCAGGUAUCGAGAAGAAUUUACGGAGAUCUCUGCGCUUGGAUCAGGAUCAUUCGGGAAUGUGUUCUUGUGCUAUCGAAAAUUGGACAAAGCCUACUACGCGAUAAAGCGAUUCAAAACGCAGCCGAUUCACAGAGAAGUGUAUGCACACGCCGCAAUCUCGGCCUUUGGAGACUCGCCCCACGUGGUGCGAUAUCAUACGUCGUGGGUGGAGGAUUGUUUGAUGCACAUCCAGAAUGAGUACUGUAACAUGGGCAACUUGUGCGAUUUUGUAGAUCGCCGAUCAGAUCCACCAUGCCAACACAUGCUGACCGAGAUACUGUGGCAGCUAGCAGAGGGUUUGAAAUUUAUUCAUAAUCAUGGCAUCGUUCAUAUGGACCUGAAACCGAAGAAUGUCUUUGUCAAAGCACUAUGCAACACCGAAGAAUACGUCGACCACAGACGAGGGGAUGAAGCCUUGGCUGAUGGAACGUCACAUUUGCACUCCUCAAAACUGCGGCAUGCUGGCCGAAUACCAGACACGCCGAGUUUCACACACGAAAACCAGAACGUCGACGCCAACGAGAGUCACCAAAGUUUACACAGGGCCAACGGUGCUGAUGAGUGGUCGGCGAAUUCUAAUGUGAAGUCUGCGCAUGAGGGUGUGGGUGUGCCGAAGAUGCCUAAUGGCAACAAAUAUGUGUGCGCAAUCUGCCACCCCAAUUCGAAGCCCGUGGAUCAGGAGUUGCCGAAGUUCCUGUACAAACUCGGUGAUUUUGGCCAUGCGGUGUCUUCUAAAACGCCCGAUGUACUGAACGAAGGGGACUGUCGGUACUUGGCACCCGAAAUAUUAGCCGAAGACACCCGAAACUUACGAAAAGCCGAUAUAUUCGGACUCGGACUUCUAAUUUAUGGCAUUGCAAUCGAUGAGGACCUCCCGAAGAAUGGAAAGGAUUGGACCGAUUUAAGGGAAGGCAAUUUGAAAGAAAUGCCGCAAUGCAGCGCAAAAUUUGCCAUGUUAAUUCGAAAGAUGUGUGACCCAGACCCUACCAAACGACCAACUGCUGCAGACAUAGCCGCAGAUGUGGUGAAAGGUGUGGGUGGUGACUCCAUGCUGAGUCCCGGUCAACUUGCUGACUUCACCCGCGAGCUAUCAGACAAGACAAAGGCAUUACAGAAGCGACAACGGGAAGUGAGAGCUUUAGAGGUGAGUAUAAUGGGCCAAGAACUCGCCCUUAAGACCCGACAGCGGCAACAACAGAGCCUGCUGGCACGGCAGCAACAACAGUCACACGCACACGUGCUCCCACGAGCACAUGCACAGGUACAGACAACUAGUUUAACGAAGGCAGACACGCAUACAGUGCGACAAACGAUACGCACACAUGCCGUUGCCGCGAGAAGUGGGACUAAUCAACACGUACACGGUCGCACUGCUUUGAAUGUAGCAAGGCCUACGAAUCAUAUAUUUACUAAACCGACAGCGUUGAGCUCCCACGCGCAAGCGGCCUAUGCACGAUCGCAAGCAGAAAAGCACAAAACCAAGGGCCCGCUUAUAGACCGAAAAAAUGAGAAGGGCUUUUCAAUUCACGAUGCUCACGGGCACGACGAGCGUGUAACAAGGCACGUAUCAUUAAAUGGACUACCCAAUGAAAAUCGACACAGCAUGAAGUCAAACAGAGCCGCGUAUCUGAAAGAUGGACAAAGCCAUUCAAGGACGAUGACAAGUAGUGGGUCUCGUGCACCAAAUCCAACAACCGACUCUCAAGCUGAAAAAGAACUAGAACGGAGCGCGAUGAACAAACGUUUCACGAAGCCCCAACUACCCAGGCCUCUGACUGGUGGUGCAAGAGGCUACAAUCUGAGUCGAAGCACGAGUACGAACUGGUAGUGGCUUCUCUAGGAUUUAACCUUGGCAUUUCUAGAAGGCGUAUCGCCUACAGCUGAGAUUGGCCUGUACGUCGCUGGCAAGAAAAUCACCCAAAUCAAUGCCAAAAUAAAGGCACAUCUUCUCAAUACAGUGUGAAGAAUUGCCAGGUGAUACUUUCAUCAUUAUUAAGUCUACGUUAACUACCAAAAUCAAGACCGGAAUUUGGGCACAUCAAUCUCGAUACUGUGUGGAAAUUGUCAGGUGAUACUUUCAUUAUUAUUAAGUCUACGUUAAUUAGCCCCCGGCAGUGGUGGCGGUGGACCUCGUGGCGGGUUUUUAGUACCUCUGCCACUAUGUGACUCAUCCUGAGAGAGUGGUAUUGAUUUAUGCUUGGUACCCAUCAUAGCUCGCGCCAUCGCUGCUUGAGGUGUUUCUGUAGAGAAUAAACAUGCACUCAAAUAAGUGAGUCACUUCUCUGAAG